AUGUCCAUCGCCUGCGUGUACAGGGGUCCUGGUGCCACGCAUUCCGAGGAUCAACAGACUAUCCAGGCACUAGACAACUUAGCUCGAAAUUCGACCAGACUGGUCGUUAUGGGUGACUUCAAUCUUAGGUAUGUUGACUGGGAGCUCGGGAGGUGUCCUCGAGGUUCAGGUGAAAGCUACCUCAAAUGGAUUCAAUCCCGAGCCCUUUAUCAGCACGUGAAGGAGAACACCAGAUAUCGGGAAGGCCAACAGCCGUCGCUGUUGGACCUGAUCAUUACAGCGCAGGAGGAAGAGGGACAGAGUCUAGAGUAUCACCCUCCUAUCGGUAAAAGUGAUCAUCUUCUCAUCAAGAUGACACUUCAGUUAAAACUACCUAGACGCCGUGAAGGAAUGUGUAGGAACUUUGGAAGGAUUGACGUGUAUGUACUCCGAUCUAAGGCAGCUAAACUGCGUUGGCACAGUUCGGAGCCGGACGCGGACUUAGAGGAAAUCUGGAGUAUAAUCAGAAACAACCUGAUGAACCUAGAAGAUGAGUUAGCUCCCCUAACCCACAAAGGAUCAAGGAAGAAGCCGCCACAGUGGCACGCCACUGUGAAUUAA